AGCCACAGGAGGAAUCGGCAGUAGCAGGGAUCGUCUCUCUGUCUGUCCAUAGACAAACUGCCCCCAUCUACAMAUAAAGAAAGAGGAGUGUCAGUGUUAGCCUAGCUCUAACCUGUUCUCUCUCUUUCUCCUUCAUUUUCACCUCUGUUACACUGUCUCACUACGUUGGCGCCUUGGGAGACAAGAGAGGCGCUUGUCUCUGCUGUUCUCUCUUUUUUUCUCUCGUUCUCCCUCUCCUGGGACCUAAUGCAGUAGCACUCCUAUACCAGGCGGAGGAGGAACCCACCAGGGCUCAACAACGGCACAGUAUGGGUGACGAAAGCUACAACUUUGUCUUCAAAGUGGUUCUGAUUGGUGAGUCUGGUGUUGGGAAAAGCAACCUGCUMUCUCGCUUCACCCAGAAUGAGUUUAACCACGACAGCCGCACCACCAUCGGAGUGGAGUUCAGCACCCGCACUGUUCAGCUGGAUAACUUCGCCAUCAAGGCUCAGAUCUGGGACACGGCAGGGCUGGAGAGAUACAGAGCCAACACCUCCGCGUACUACAGAGGGGCGGUMGGGGCUCUGCUGGUGUAUGACAUCACCAAGCACCUAACCUAUGAGAGUGUGGAGCGUUGGCUGAAGGAGCUGUACGACCACACUGAGCCCCACAUGGUGGUCAUGCUGGUGGGCAACAAGUGUGAUCUGGAUACCCUGAGGACCGUGCCCACCGAGGAGGCCAAGGACUUCACAGAAAAGAAUGGCCUCUUGUUUAUGGAGACGUCAGCUCUGGAUUCUACCAACGUUGAAGCUGCUUUCCAGGAAGUUCUCACAGCGAUCCACAAGAAGGUGGCCAGUCGAGAGGUGCCCCGCGUGUCCAUCACUGCCGUGACCCUGUCCAGUACUAUUGGACCAGCUAGCGACACCCAGGAGAAACGCAGUACCUGCUGCAAGAACCUCUGACCAGUUCUGACUGGUUCUGACCAGGUUUGACCUGUUCUAACUGAUUAUCUUCAGUUCUACACAGAAUCAUCCUACUCUGCCCUCAUUCAGGUUAAAGGGAAUAGUGUAUAGGACUGUCCAAACCAAAGACCAGGCAAGUCAAAUCAAGUCACAUUUAAUUUACAGUGCAUUUCACAAUUGUCAACAAGACAGAUUUAAGAGACAUGCCACAUUUAUGUACAGUUGAUCAAUAUUGACACUAUGGUGCUACCGUCAUUCUCCCUGCUUGGCUAAAUGUUGCUGACCACAACAUAUUUGGGUGGAUUUUUUUCUUCUUCUGUAUGCUCGUUUUUAAACUUUAGCAGUUAUUAUACAGCAAAUACAUAUUGAUUUGGUAUA